GACAGUUCAAUACCAACAUUGUGCGAAUGAGUUUGUUACGUUGACAUUUCGAACAACGAAACUAUCCAACGAAAACAAUAUAUCCAGUUUUACGUUCACUUUUCGUUUUUUUCUAGUUGAGAAUGAUUGUAAACAGUUCUCAUAUUUGUUUGAUUCUAUGCGCCAUUGCCUUUGUUUUGCAUGCUUGAAUGGGCUUUUGUCCACAAUUAACUUUAAUACCAACCAAUUGAAUUCAGAAUGGCUUCAACUGUACACACGUCAAAUGUGCAGCAUGAUGUUGUGAAUGCUUUGGCUGAAACAGUGGGGAAUUUGAAAAUUUCAACGCUUGUAAAUGCAGCAAAAAUAUCACCACUUGUGCAAGAAAGGACGAUUGGUCCGAAACAAACGAAUGGAUUGCGUCAAUAUGUGAAAGAUCACAAAAAUGAGCGCAAUGACAACAGGUGUGAACGAUCGUCUGGAGCAAAUAGUGCGAAAAAUGCGUUGCAUAAUGGUACAUUUGAUGGUAGUAAAUUUCGUAAGGAUAUAUGGCGUGAGGUAAAGAUUGAGUCUGAUCACGAAGAAACGCCAACGAAGAAUAUCCUCCAUUUGAAUGAUUGCAAAGUGAUCAGCUUUCGAUUGGCGGCGAAUACGGCGGAAAAACAACGUCGCGCCAAGAUUUCAACGCAUUUGCAGGAGAAACAGUGUCAAUGGGAUUCGGAAUUAGAGCAACGGUUGCAACAGAUUCGCAUCGAUUCGGCCGAAAAACAAAAGUUAACCAAUGCAAAGCGAUUGGAACGUGAAAAAUUGGCGCUACAAGCAAUCGAAAAAAUUGAAGCGCAAGCCAAACAAGACGAAAUGAAAUCAAAUCUGAAGAAAAGUGAAAUGAUUGAACAUAGUCGCAAAGUGAUUGAACAUGCGAACCAAUUGAAGCGACAAGAUGAACUGCGAUUGUUAUUCGAAAGCAUUAACGCUAGUAAACUUCUGUUUAUAAAUUUAUAUGAAUUAUUUGCAAAAACUAUAAUCAAUCAUCAGGGUUUGUUGAAUCAAACAGGUAAAUUGGCGGAAUAUACGGGCAAACGGGAAGCAUUGCUGGAAUGUUACGAAAAAAUUAUUAAAUCAGUAAAUUCCAAACCACUCAUUACCGCUGCCGAAACCGAACAAUUUGAAAAAUUGUGCUUAGAUAUUAAACAAGAACAAAGUGAUUUAAAUAGUCAUAUCCAAUGUAGUAGGGAGGCUCUGAGUCAAAAUGCAGCAAGUGAUGCAUCAAAAGCAGCAGCAGCAGCAAACAGUUUGCAGACCAAGAAUUAUGAAGCGGCAGCAACAACGACGAAAAGUCCAGCCGAUGCACUCAAAGCGGCCAAUACAAAUGAAAUUUCCGUCACCGAUGGCAAUAUCGGCAGACCACCAAUUCCGGCCAUUGAAUCGCGCAACAAUGUUGGCUCCGAGGAUCGUAUCGCCAAAUAUUAUGAAUUGUUGAACUUGUACCAAGAAUAUAGGGCACAAAUUCAACCGCUCCUCGCUGAUGUUAACGCGAAAAAGUUUCGAUUCAAUUGCCAAAAAGGCGUCAACACACCAAUCAAUUCAAUUGCCGCCGUCAAUGCACAACAUCUUCAGGAUAAGUUUGAAAAGAUCGCCGAUCUGUUGGCGGGAAAGCAAGUUCGAUCGAGUGAUAUCCCAUUCUCUGCUUCAGAACAUCCACUGGGAAUUAAAUACUGUACUUUUUUGUUAGCCAAGAAAUUUAUUACGCAAGGAACAACUGUAACCAGUAGUCAUCAGCAAGCAGCUUUUCCAAUCGCAGCCGUCAUUGUAUCGAUUUGGCAAUUGUUUCCGGAUGUUGGCAAACUGUUUCUCGCCCUACUCUAUAUCGAAUGUCCAUUUUUCGUUCCGUAUUUUGUGCCUCAACAGCCUGGACAGAGUGAAAGAGAUUAUUUCAGUAUUCUGGGCUAUAAAUUCACCGAUGACAAAAUGGAAGAGCAAGAGCAAUAUUUGAAACGGAUAUCGGGAUUGCAACGUCUCUAUUCAGCGGUGCUGAUAACCAAAUUGAAAAGUGCACAACAACAUUUAGAGCAUCCACAUGGAAUCGAGUAUGGUUGGAUGUGGUUGUCGAACUUCAUAAUGCUCGACCCGUUGCCAGGCAUAAGUCCAACACUUCUACUGGAGUUCAUUCAGGAAUCUGGUGCUGAAAUGUGGCAAGUGUAUAAGAAGCAAUUCAUGAAAUUGUUGGUGGUGCUCCAUGACCUUUACAUGCCAAAACUUGAAAAGAUCGAUUCCGGAGGACCAUUCUCACGACUUCAAAAUCUCAUCGGUACCAUUGUUAGGGAGAACAAAAUCACACCACCGAGUGGAACAUUGGCGCCAAACUUUUGGUAAUCAAAAUGCCAAACUAUGUUUGCAAACACGUUGAAAUAAUAUGCUGAACUUGAUUUAAUUUCUUAAUAAAAAAAAAGUGUGUAUUAUUAUUGAUAA